AUGAUGGAAGACAAAGGAUUUUCAGCGCGAGGCCUGACAUUAGGUUUUGCUUUUUUCAUGCUACUGCAGCACUUUGUUCGUGGAGACCUGAGUUAUUCUAUUCCAGAGGAGAUGAAACGCCAAGCUGUUAUUGGAAACAUUGCCAUGGAUCUUGGUCUUGAGCUGAGUAAACUAUCUUCUCGAAAGGUCCGCAUUGAUUCUGAGGGGACUCGCAAACGGUACUGUGACAUAAAUUUGAGUACCGGGGAUUUGAUCGUAUCAGAGAGAAUCGACAGAGACAGUCUUUGUGGUAAAAGAGCAUCCUGUGUUUUAAAAGUGGAUCUUGUGUUGGAAAAUCCUUUAGAGCUUCAGCGUAUCACUCUUAAUAUUCAGGAUGUAAAUGACAACCCACCGCUAUUCAAAAACAAUUUGAUUGAAAUGGAAAUAAGCGAGUCGGCAGAGAAGGGCAAUCGUUUCUCAAUAGAGGAGGCUCACGACGCAGAUAUCGGUCAAAAUUCUGUCCAAAGGUAUGACCUGCAAAAAAAUGAAAAUUUUAUCCUUGCGGUUGACAGCAACAAGGUUGAACUUGUGCUGGAGAAUAAACUUGAUCGAGAGAGACAAAAUGAGAUAAACUUGCUUCUUACAGCUUUGGAUGGUGGCACACCUCAGAGAUCAGGUACUCUCGCCAUACAUGUUACUGUCCUGGACGCUAAUGAUAACGCUCCAGUGUUUAGCCAGGCAGUUUACAAGGUUAGUGUGCCUGAAAACUCUCCUCUGGAUACUGUAGUUGUUACAGUGAGUGCCACUGAUGCAGAUGAGGGUGUGAAUGGAGAAGUGACAUAUGAUUUCGGGCAUGUUUCAGAGGAAGAUGCAAAAAUAUUUUCUAUUGACCCGAAAACGGGACAAAUUACAGUCAUCGGAGAGACUGACUUUGAAGAAGUGACUUCAUUUGAAAUGAGAGUGACAGCUAAGGAUGGUUUGGGACUAACCUCAUACGCCAAAGUCAUAAUAGAAGUUACAGAUGUGAAUGACAACGCCCCGGUGAUAUAUCUAAAAUCAAUGACCAAUCCCAUUCCAGAGAACGUGUCACCUGGUACAGAGGUGGGCAUCAUUAACGUGCAGGAUCGAGACUCUGAGAGUAACCGACAGGUCCGCUGCUCCAUUCAGCAAAACAUACCUUUCAAGUUGGUUCCCUCAAUCAAGAGCUACUAUUCUCUGGUAACGACAGGCCAGCUGGACCGUGAACUAGUACCUAAUUAUAAUAUUACAAUCACUGCCACUGAUGAGGGCUCUCCUUCUCUGUCCUCCUCCAAAAUUGUUCAGUUUUCUGUAGCUGAUGUCAACGACAACCCACCUGUGUUUGAGGAACAGUCCUACAGCGCCUAUGUCACUGAAAAUAACAAACCAGGAUCCACUUUAUGUUCUGUUACUGCUCGAGACCCAGACUGGAGACAAAACGGUACAGUGAUUUAUUCUCUCUUACCUGGUGAGGUGAACGGGGCCCCGGUGUCCUCCUAUCUCUCAGUUAACGGAGACACAGGUGUGAUCCACGCUGUGCGGUCGUUUGAUUAUGAACAGUUCAGGAGCUUUAAAGUCCAGGUGAUGGCCAGAGACAACGGUUCUCCUCCACUCAGCAGCAACGUGACCAUCAGUGUCUUCAUAACAGAUGUGAACGACAAUUCUCCCCAGAUAUUGUACCCCGCCCCAGAGGGCAGCUCGUUCAUGACCGAGCUGGUGCCCAAAGCUGCACACGGAGGCUCUCUGGUGUCCAAAGUGAUAGCUGUGGACGCGGACUCCGGCCAGAACGCCUGGCUGUCCUAUCAUAUAGUCAAAUCCACUGAUCCGGGACUUUUCACUAUUGGUGUCCACAGCGGAGAGAUCAGAACACAGCGGGACAUUUCUGAAUCUGACAGCAUGAAACAAAACCUGAUUGUCGCAGUGAAAGAUAACGGGCAGCCCUCUCUCUCUGCUACCUGUUCCAUGUAUUUACUUAUUUCUGACAACUUGGCUGAGGUUCCAGAAUUGAAGGAUAUGUCUUAUGAUGAAAACAGUUCAAAACUGACCUCAUAUCUGAUCGUCGCGCUGGUGUCUGUCUCCACAUUCUUCCUGAUCUUCAUUAUUAUCAUCCUGGGUUUGAGGUUUUGUCGCAGGAGAAAGCCCAGAAUGUUUUUUGAUGGAGCAGUCACCAUCCCCAGCGCUUACCUUCCACCUAAUUAUGCAGAGGUUGACGGCACAGGAACUUUACGCAGCACCUACAAUUAUGACGCUUACUUGACAACGGGCUCCAGAACCAGUGACUUCAAAUUCGUGACAUCUUACAAUGACAACACGCUGCCUGCUAAUCAGACUAUUAGGAAAAGUCCAACAGACUUUGCCAGUGAAUAUGGAGACUGUGAUCAUUCUGUAGAGGUAGGAGGAAACAAACUUUUGAUCCACUUUUACACAUGA